CGAGCUUUGUACUAGUACUGGACGCCACCAAUCUUUGCUUUCCGAUUCCCAACUGUCAAACCUCAAGAAGUGUUUGGGGUUCCCCUUCCUCGCCAACCUCGGAUUUGUCGCUGCGGUCUAGGGUUUUCAAUUCUUGCCGCGAUUUCCGAUCUCAAUCCUUUUCUCUUUCAAAAAAAAAAAAAAAAGAAAAUCUUUAGCUGAUACUCGAUUUCGACCUGCCAAUUGUCACUUGAUCUCAUCGUUUUUCCGUCUAUUCUUCUCGGCGAUUUAGAUUAAUUAAAUCGUAACAGCAUGAAUUUCCUGCUUGGAGCUUUCAAGCCGGCAUGCAAUAUCUUGAUCACAUUUUCCGAUGCUAAAACUCGCAAGCAGGUCCCCAUGAAAAAGGAAAAUGGCCAAAUGGUUAUGGUACCGCUUUUCCAAAGUCAAGAAAAUAUUGCUGGGAAGAUCUCCAUAGAACCACUUCAAGGGAAGAAAAUUGAACAUAAUGGUGUGAAAGUCGAGCUUCUUGGUCAAAUAGAGAUGUAUUUUGACAGAGGCAACUUUUAUGAUUUCACCUCUCUUGUACGUGAGUUGGAUGUUCCUGGGGAUAUAUAUGAAAGGAAAACUUACCCAUUUGAGUUUUCUACGGUUGAAAUGCCAUAUGAAACUUAUAGUGGUGUGAAUGUGCGGCUCAGGUAUGUCCUGAAAGUGACAGUCAGCCGUAAUUAUGGUGGAAGCAUAGUGGAAUACCAGGACUUUAUGGUUCGCAAUUAUUCUCCACCUCCAUCCAUCAACAAUAGCAUCAAGAUGGAAGUUGGAAUUGAAGACUGCCUGCACAUUGAAUUUGAGUACAAUAAAAGCAAGUAUCAUCUGAAAGAUGUUAUUAUCGGCAAGAUAUAUUUUCUUCUUGUGAGGAUCAAGAUUAAGAAUAUGGAUCUUGAGAUACGGCGUCGAGAGUCAACAGGAUCAGGAGCAAAUACCCAUGUUGAGACUGAGACACUAGCUAAAUAUGAGUUGAUGGAUGGUGCUCCUGUCAGAGGUGAAUCAAUUCCAAUCAGGCUGUUUCUCAGCCCAUAUGAACUGACGCCGACGCAUCGCAACAUAAACAACAAAUUCAGCGUGAAGUAUUACUUGAAUCUCGUGCUUGUUGAUGAAGAGGAUCGUCGAUAUUUCAAACAGCAAGAAAUUACGAUAUACAGGCUACUGGAUUCCUGAGUAAGCAUCAUAUACAUGUAAACUUUAACAUUCCAUCCAGUAAAGAAGAACAGUGAUUAAACUUGUGGUACCUUUGUAAAGCCGCGAAGCUUAGGGUUAAAACUUGAAGAAAAAGAAAAUUGCCGGAAGACAGGGUUGUUUAUUUGGAAGGGCUAUAAUGGCUUUUGUAUACUUUGCUUGCUAGAUUUCAGCUGACUCGGAAUUGAUGCAGUUAUUUACACGAGUGUAGUUACAUUUUGAUACGACCAUUAGUAGGCCGCCACUGCCGAUGAACAUUAUAGUUCAGAAUUGUCAGUACAUGUUCUGUGUAAUUACAUAACAAUUGCAUGA